CCACUCUGGAGCUAAAACAAAAGCAAAAACUUUUGCAGCCUUCUGCUUCAAUCCAACAUCACCAGGUACAAAUGGGAAGCCAUAUGCGUCCAGUUAAUGCAGUUGUUCAUGCAAUCAAUGGAGGUAAUUCAUCAAUUACUGCACAAGUGCCAUCGAUUUCUACUCAAGGAAGUCAACCUUCUCAGCUGCAAGGCCUUCCUAUGACAUCUUUAGUUUCGAGCCUAGUGCCAAACCAGAACGUGGUUUGUCCUUCAGCGCAAAACAUGCACGUCAAGGUUAAGCAAGAACAUCCAGAGGUUACAAGAAAGCCAGAUCAGACUCUUAACUCGCGACAAGCAUCAACAACUCCAUCAGCACCAAGUGUCCAACUCAGUCAGCAGAUGGUAGCACCAGUUGCAUCUGAAAAGUUGAAGGAACUAGCCUUGCAAAUGCAGCCCUCAGACUUUUCAGGACGUAACCCAAUAAACAUUACACAGCCACAUGGACAGCCACUUGUUCAACCAAAUGUUCAGCAGAAUCCCUUCGUGAAAAAUGGUAUGCUGCCGAAGGAACUCAUGAUGGUGAAUCAAAAAGGUUUGGGGUUAAACCAACAACAGACGGAUAGGCAACAUUUAAAGUACCAAAUGCGGGUGGCACAACAAACCAACAUCACUAAGGUGCACAAUGGUCAUCCUGGAGUACGGAAUGCUCAACCUGGGGUAACAGUUGGAUUACGGUCAACGUUGAGAAUGCAUGAACAAGAGGCACUCAGUGAACAUAUCGAAAUAGAAUCUCAGCCUAUGGCCAUACCUCAGCAGCUGAUCACUGCCACAACUAUGGGAAGUGCUGGAGAAGUUGAUUGGAGGGAGGAAAUGUUUCAGAAGAUCAAGCCACUAAAGGAUGCUUACCUUUCAGAGCUCAUGGAACUGGAUAAAGCCAUUGUUGUUCCAAAACUUUCACAGAAGCAGCUUGAUUCAUUACCCAAUGAAAGAGCUCAACAAUACAGAUAUAGAUUACACUUGAAGCAGAAAACAAAACUGAUGGUGAAAUUCUUACUGCUACAAAAAAGCAGCAUCCCUGACAACCUCAGGGGGCAGCUCUCCAAGUUUUUGAAGUCCAUACAAGAUUUACUAGGUUUCUACAGGAGAAGUAAACAUCUAACGAUGGAUGCAAGAAAUAGGUGCCAGAUUUCUCAAGGGCAGCCUAAAAUAAUCAAUCUUAUUGGUGAUCAGGCUCCUUCCAGUGGUGGUACAUGCCAUCAAAAUCAGCAAGAACAACCUGUAAAUUCCCAGUUGAUGAAGGAUACUAUCACUACGACACCAGCAGCUCAAGAAAUCAAUAGCAACAGCUUGUUAGGAGUAGAAAGCUCUUGUUUCCCUGAAAAGACACGAGGAUCGUUGCAGUCUUUGCCAAUCGAUAAGCUUCAGGAGUGUUGCACACAGACACUUUCAUUUGCUAUCAAGGCAGGCCCUGUAAAAGUCUCUUCACCUUAUGCUUCUCUGGUGUCCACAUCCCCAUCACACAUUUCUACGCCUAGGGAUGCAAAACCUACAACCUCAUCCUCAGUUUCUGUGAAGUCCACUUUGCCAUCACCAGUUGCCAAGCCAGGUCUUGUAAAAGUGUCAUGUGCUUCAGUAAACUCUAUGUUGCCAUCAUCAUUUACCGAAUCUACUUCUAUACAAGCUGUGUCACCAUGUGCUUCAGCAAAAUCAUCAUUGCCAUCAUCAACCUUUGCCAAGCCUAGUGUUAUAGAAACCACUUCAUCCGUUACCAAUUCAGGUUGUGAUCCAGUUGCUUUGUCCUGUCCUUCAGUGCACCCUACACCAUCUGACAACUUCGAGAGUUUUUCUGCCUUACUACUACAAGACAUCUCAGCCACUACCAGUGCACAGACAGUGGUAGGAAGAACAGCAACAACUGCAGAAAAUUGUAUUAAACAGGUCACUACCAUUAAACCAAUCAUGCAAGCCUCAUCACUUCUGGCAGAAACUGUAGAUGAUCAAGCAAAGGAUAACGAGCACCCUGGAAAUGAAAUACCGGUGGCUAAGAAAUCCAUUGAUCGCCUACUUGAUGCGGUGCGAACUUCAUCGCCAGCAAUGCUUUGCAGCGCAGCUAAUUCCCUCCGCUCAGUCCUCAACAUGAACAAUUGGGUACAACAGAGUGAAAUGGAUACAUCUGAGGAUUGGUCAUUCUUCUCAGAGCAGUGUGGAUCUAGCACUGCGAACAAAAGGAAGCGUGGUUUGGAAAGUACAUCAUUGUAUUCUGAAUCAGCACCACAGGGCAUCAUGGGUGCAAUUUGCUUGACAUUUGAUUGCACUGCCUCUGAGGCUGAAUAUAGUGCAGAACGCGGUGCUAGGAGGCAAAAAACACAGAAUGCUAAGGAUACUCUGUUAGAUGAAAUAAACUCUGCAAACAGCAUGCUGUUAGAUACCUUUAUCAGCAUCGCCGAUGACUAUGGAACAGAUGCGAUUUCCUCUAGCAGUGGUGGGACACUGAUCAAGCUCUUCUACACUGCCACAUCACUCGCACCAGACCUUGCAUCGCUCUUUGCAACACCUGGUGGAAUGUGUAUCGUCAUGCCCGUGAAGCUCUUGGUCCCCGCAGAUUAUCCAAGAAGCUCUCCUAGGUUUGUCUGUGACCAGGGUGAUGAGCAAAUGAGGAAGAGGUUCAAUGACAUUUCUGGCACGCUGGACAUAGCCUUCCGGCAGGCCCUCUAUGGACUCCCAGAUCCCAUGUCUGUCCUGGACAUCGCAAAGGCUUGGGAUGCCUCCGUACGGAGGGCCGUCGUGGAGUUCGCAAAGAUGCACGGCGGGGGAACGUUCAGCUCCAGUUACGAAAAAAAGAUCCAGGACAUUGCCAACUCCAACUCCAACUCUAGAAACCCCAAUCAUAUUGGGACACAAGCAGAUCAGUCCUCAUCGCCGAUGAAGAGGACGGGGAUCACGCACCCUGUCCUGGAGACCGUCGAGGCCGAGUCCCAGAGUGGCACAAUGGGGCAGUGA